AUCACCUUCCACCAUCUCACCUGAAUUACCAAUACGUACCAGAGCAACUCAAACUCGCGGCAUGUCAAGUGCGCAGGAUUCAAUUGAACACGCCUACGUCCUCAGCUGCAACAUGGCUGCCAACUUACAAUCCGAACCCGCAGCGCGCAAACGCAAGAUGAGCCACUCCGACGACGACGAGAGUCUUCCAUCAUCACACAUCGAUCCCAAGCUUCAGGACACGGAAACCGAGCUCAAGGACGCAGAGAACAACAAAGCCUCUUAUAACGGACCUCAGAAAGUUCAUGUGGUGAUGCUGCGCGUGGCCAACGAGACCUCUGCACGUCCGGUGCCCCAAUCGGCCUUCUUCUCUUACGACACAGCGCUCUCGUUCGCCAUGAGAAUCUUGCUGCAGUGGUGCGAGGCUCACUAUGACGACUAUCAUUGGAAGGGUCCCGAAGUCUUGACAAGACAUUGCGUGGCCCGCUACGCCGCAUACAACUCUCAAACCGGUAAACAGCUCGCAGUCGCGGACGUGAUCAGAGUCAGCAUCUUUGAUGCCAAAGACGCCGAAGCCGUUCCCAAGGAGAACCAAACUGCUGAUCUACGUGAGUGUCGCUCGUAUAAGUUCCGGUAUGCGCAAGAGCUGAUGAUUUUGCAGAGGCGGCCGAAGUCAAGUGGGCUCAGGCUGAACAAGCUGCGAUGGAUCAGUAUACCGAUUCUGUCGACAUGACCAACGACAUCGCGGCAGAGGCCAUAAAGACAGCUAUGGAUUUGAGCAACGAUCAAGAUGCCUGGAAGGAAGAGCAUGGUAUGAGAGUGUUCAGCGGCCCUGCCGAAUGAGCGAGGCACCUGGUUCUUGGAGAGAACAGCAGUUGCAGAGUGUAACACAGGAACUGUUAGGCAGUUUUUCGGGGUCAUUGGGAAGUCGUGAGGUAGCCAGAGCAUAUCGUCCUGGAUUGACUCCAAUUCUGAGGACGAGGGAUGCACGAUGGGAGGAAGCUGCGUCUUUCCAAAGGUUUUUUCUUCAACCUACCUGUACAACUAGUGA